ACUUUCUCCGCUAAUUUGUUGUUUUCCAUCUUAAAACCGCGCGCAGACGGUAUGUUGAGACACACACACACCCCAUAAACUCCACUUCUUCAACCCCAACAACGCAUUCAUUCACAAACAGUACCCAUUUUUCUUGUGAUCUGUGCAUAGUCUAUGUGAAUUAUUCUUUGCAAGCGUGGUUGGUGCUUUGGUUCUAUCAUUAAUGACCAAAGAUCCUCUCUUUUCAUAAUUCUGCAUUAUCUUUCUUGGAUCUGCAAAAGGGAAAAGAGGGAAAAGGGCGAUGAAACGAGUCCUCAUUUGAGGGCCUCCUUGUUUUGUUGAAGAAAGGGUGAAAAGGCUCAAUCUUGAAGCUUGCUUUAUUAGGAAAAUUUUGUGGGUGUGGGGAAUUUAGCAGCUUUUCUCUUGGGAGAAUUCCUGAAACAGUGAAAGUGGGGUUUUUUUUAAGGAGGAGAAGAAGUAGUACCAAUUUUCAAGCUUAUGCUAGAAAGAAUCUCUGAAGAAAUGGAGUUAUAGGAAUGGAUCCUCAGGCUUUUAUUAGGUUGUCUAUUGGGUGUCUGGGGAUUAGAUUUCCCGGAAGUGCAGUAGCCGCAGAAAAUUCUGGUAUAUGUUCGUUCACUUCUCCAUGUGUAUGUGAGAUACGCCUCCGCGGCUUCCCUGUGCAGACAACACCAAUCCCUUUUAUGCCAUCUCCUGAAGCAACUCCUAAUUCUCACAGUGUCUCGUCCAGCUUUUAUCUCGAAGAAUCCGACUUGAAAGCACUCUUGGCACCUGGAUGUUUCUAUGCCUCCAAUGCGAGGCUCGAGAUAGCUGUGUUUACGGGUAGGAAGGGGAGCCAUUGUGGUGUUGGUGUCAAGAGGCAACAGAUUGGAGCUUUUAAGUUGAAUGUGGGUCCCGAAUGGUGCGAAGGCAAGUCGGUUAUUCUCUUCAAUGGCUGGAUUGGCAUUGGCAAGAACAGGCAUGAGACUGGUAAACCAGGAGCCGAACUUCAUCUACGGGUUAAGCUGGACCCUGAUCCUAGAUACGUUUUCCAAUUCGAAGACGAUACUAAGUUGAGCCCGCAAAUUGUUCAGCUUCAAGGCAAUGUCAAGCAGCCUAUUUUCAGCUGCAAGUUUACUCGAGACAGGGCAUCCCAGGUAGAUCCACUAAGCAACUUCUGGUCAAAUACAGCCGAUGGUUCGAACCAAGACACAGGGAGACGAGAGCGCAAGGGGUGGAAGGUGAAGAUACACGACCUAUCUGGCUCAGCAGUUGCAGCGGCCUUCAUAACAACCCCUUUCGUGCCAGCAACGGGCGGUGACUGGGUGGCAAAGUCCAAUCCGGGAGCCUGGCUAAUUGUCCGCCCUGAUCCGUGCAGCUCUGAGAGCUGGCAGCCGUGGGGGAAGCUCGAAGCCUGGCGUGAACGAGGAGGGAUCAGAGACUGCAUCUGCUUCCGCUUCCAUGUCUUCUCAGAAGGGCAGGAAGGAGGCGACUUUCUCAUGUCGGAGAUACUAAUCAACGCAGAGAAAGGUGGGGAGUUCUUCAUAGAUACCGACAGACAGGUUCGCGCUGCAGCAACGCCAUUACCGAGCCCACAGAGCAGCGGAGACUUCGCGGGGCUGAGCCCGGUGGCUGGUGGGUUCGUCAUGAGCUGUAGAGUGCAGGGGGAAGGGAAGUCGAGCAAGCCCCAUGUGCAGCUUGCAAUGAGACAUGUCACGUGUGUCGAGGACGCCGCCAUAUUCAUGGCUCUCGCUGCUGCGGUCGACCUUAGUAUCGAGGCGUGCGCACCCUUCCGUAGAAAGAUCCGAAGAGGCAAUCAUUCUUGGUGAAGAAGGUGAUACUAUUCAAUCUAAGAAAAUAGUUUCCUCUGAUUAUUGGAUCACAUUUUGUACAGAAUCAACUUGAAUUGGAUGUGGAUUCUACUGUGUUACUGCUAAUUAAUCAUCCCUCAUCUGUCUGAA